UGUUGUGGCGUAUUCUGUGGUCAUGGGCGCUCUGAUGGCCAGUGGGAAAGAGGUGCUCGGCCGAAUCCCAUCUGGAAAGCUGUUUGACUUUGAGGCCAUGACUACAGCCAGUCCUGAUCGCUUCAGUAAAACCGUCAAGAGUUGGAUGAACUUAAAGAGUUUGCCGAGUUGGUACCAGAACCUUCCACUGGUUUCAGAGACGUUCCAGUUAACGAGGACCAUGAUUGAAGUUCUCAACACAGACUCGUCUUCGCACUGUCCCAAGAAAUCCUGAACUUGAAAUG